AUGUCUAAAGAAAAGAAGUUCGCGACUCCGCCGCUUAAAAUUGAUCUGUCUUCUGCGCGGGCAGCAGUUCCAAUCAAUCAAGGGUUCCGUUCGACAACUCCUACUAUACAUUCGCCAUUUUUACUGUCUCCAGGUUCUCAGAGCCUGCCUUCUUCAACAUCAUCAUCUUCCACUUCUUUACAUGCGUUAGCAGGUGGUUCUUUUCUUGGUACUAGUCAUGGUGCUAAUCAUGGGUAUAACAACAAUGUUAAUGGUACUAGUACAGGUAAUAACACGGGUAGUAAUACGGGUAAUGGAAAUGGCACCGGUAAUGGCAAUAGCUCUAUUGCCAGUAUCGGUCACAGCAACGGUAUCAGUGGACCAUCCUCGCCAGGUGGUGUUUCUCACGGGUCUGUAGGUCCAGGAAAUAGUAAUGGGUCGACGGGCUUGUCAAGACACCGAUCAAUAGGCUCGAUUCCAACGACUCAUAGGUCUAGAAGAGACUCUGGAAAGUCACUUGGUGCUAGUGGUAGCAUGCAUACUGGUUUGACUGCUCCCGCUCGAGUAUCACCACGCCAAUCUCCACGAUCUUCACCUCGUUCUUCACCACGACCUCGCGACGGAACUGGAAAAGAAGAAGAUGGUGGCUCAUAUUUCACUUUGUCGCGACCAGGAACAGCCAGCAGCCCUGUUAAUAUACCAGGUACAUCAUCCUCAUCAAAUUCCAAAAUGUCGUUAUCUAGUCAGACAAGUUAUUCAGGUAGCUCGUUCGAUUUUGACGGUCAAGUGCAAAGAGUAAACUCAUCAUUGAGGAAAUACGAUGCUGCGACUGCUGGUAGCCCAACCGGUACACAACCAAUCAAUGCGUCUUCACCAUCGAUGCAAUCAAAUAAUAAUGCGUUGCUGUCGCCAACAGUCUCACCUCGGCCACAUUCUCCCAUUCGUGCCCUGUCGAAUUCAUAUGCACCAGCAAGAGGACCAUCCCAUCAGAAUGUGUCAUCAGUAAAGACGAAAGGUAAAGCACCACAAUCGCCAAUACAAGACGAUUCACUAACAAGCAACAAAUCCAAUAACUCGCCAAAGCAGCAACAGCAACAACAACAACAACAGUCUAAUUCAUUCCAUCAUAGGUCGACAGCUCACGCAUCAGGGGCUACUACAGCAGCUGCUGCUGUGACUGCUGCUGCUAAUAGCGAUGAGUCGCCCAUUUUCGCCAAACGAAAAGAUGCUCAUCUUUCAUAUCUCGCUCAAGAACCGGUUUAUAUUCAUAAAAUGACCAAUGCUGCCGGGGAUGAUUACGUCAAGGGCCUAAUAGGUGAUAAUACCAAUUACGAAUAUCUGAGUGAUGACGAUGAUACAGAUUCCAUAACGGAAGUUCAGCCAGAAGUUAUUGGCUUUGGUGGUGUGGGAACCAGUUUCGAUGACGAAUAUACCGAACUUGGAUCGUCGUAUCCGUUCCUUGAAACGACUUAUAACAGUAAUGGCCCAUCUACUUCAAGUGCCACAAAUAAUGAACCAGCAGGAAGCAACAGCCAUAAGGAUCGUGACAAGGCAACUGCAUCGAUUGAGUCUGAUGGUAGCACUCCUGAGAGAUGGAGAGAGCGUUUGGAAUGGCAGGCAAUGCUGGCAUCUGUAUUAACCGGUGAGGUAUUCCGAGCAGAGAAAAGACGUAUUAAGCAGCCUAAAAAAUCUGGAAAUGGCAUUGAUGAAGAAGAAAUGUGGUUGGCACUCCGAGCCAAAGUGUCAGGUAGAACUAUGAACGAACAAAAAAGGGUUCUUGAAUAUUCCCGAUCAACUGUAACGGAUGCUUUAGAAAGAGUGCAAAAUUUCAAGAUCGAGAAUCCAGCAAAUAUAACCGCUGAAGACGCUCUGAAACAACUGAAUCCUGUAUUACAACUACUGUACCGAUGCGAAAGUUUGUAUCGAACAUUAGCAGUGUUGAAAGGUGAGAAUGCUAUAUAUGGUAAUGCUGAUUUCCAAACAAAAGUAGACUGUCUAUUGUCGUGGAAAUCCAUUACAGAGGCAAUCAAUCAGGAGUUGGAAUUGUUAAGGAAAUGGACUGGAAAUUACGAUAUUGACCCUUCUCGAGUACCCGAAAAGUCGUCACCCAGUGAAGAAGGCAGCAGGCUGUCGAUGAUUCAGGAAGAAAAGCAAACCCUUGUGGAAAGUAUUCUUAAACAAGACAACUUGUCGAAUAUAUUUGACCGCAGAAUCAGUAACCGAUUAGGACCACUAAUAGAAAAGGCAAGAGAAGCAACUAUCAAGUAUUCGGAUAUGUUUCUCGAACUUGGAUUGCCUUUAUUUAACAAUUCACUUUUGCAUGUCAUGGUGUUUCCAAUCACACUUAUUCGGGAGAUUAUUCAGAUGCGUUUAACAUACGCAAGAAGGUUGGUCAAUCCUACUCUUAUGAUUGUUGACCAAAUGAUCCUUGAUUUCCAAUCUAUCAUAUCACAUGCGCUAGUUGUUAUGGAUCGUAAUCUGCAGUACACGUCUCCUAUCCUUGACAAAGGUUGGAUUUUUCCUACCCAGAUUGAUGAGAGUUUCAAUUCGACGCUCCUAGAUAGUGUCAACUUUUACCUCGAUCUAUUGAACAAAAAAUUUCUUGAUGGCGGUAGGUCAUCAAAGUCUCUUUUCCGAGCAUAUAAAGAGACAGAGCAGCUCGAACAGCACUACACUUUCUUGCUAGGUGUAGGUAGGUUAGUCGAGGGUGGUGAUCUUGCAGUUGCCGAGCUAAUUACAUCACUUGAAAGCAAGAUUCUCACCCGUCUAUUGACGUACUGGGAACAUCAGAUGAAAGGACCUCAAUCAUGGGCUCCAACCGAGAUAGAGCGAUGGUUUACCACCACCAUGGAGAUUAUUAGGAGUUUUCAACGAAAGCUUUUACGAUUUCACAAGUAA